AUGCCUGGCGCCGUGGCCACGGGCCAUUCCCACCGCCCGACUACCAAGCAGCGGAACAAGGGCUUCAAAUCGCGAAAGGCAACCAAGGGUCAGCUUCGGGACGCUGCCAAAGGCAGAAUCGAACCCGGACAGCGCAAGACGAUCCACCAGCAAGCCAUGUCUAAACUCGACCGAAAGAACCGUGCGAAACAGAGGCAGCAGGAGAAGGCUAGGGAACAUGCCAGGGAGACUUCGGUCUUCGCCGGCAAGGACGGUGCGCCGCGCAAUGUUGCCGUUAUCCCCCUGUGUGUGGAUGGCGACGCUGUCGCUGCCAUCAAGGCCCUGAACGAGAGCGUAGAAGCCGAGGCUGAGAUCAAGGAGGGAUGCUUCCGGGUGCCCGUCACUAGAUUCAAGCAGAAGCUGCAGUAUUUCCCUGUAACCAGGGACCUUACCGCAUGCUUGGACGCCGCUCGGGUAGCCGAUUUCGUCGUUCUGAUCCUCUCGGCCGAGCACGAGGUUGACCCCCUGGGAGAGCUCAUCAUUCGCAGCGUCGAAAGCCAGGGCAUGUCCACCCUGUUUACCGUCAUCCAGGGCCUCAACAAGAUCGAAGCCGCGAAGCAGAGGUUGUCGGUCAUCUCUUCCCUCAAAUCAUACAUCACCCAUUUCCACCCCGAACAGGAGAAGCUUUGCAGCCUCGACAACCGCCAGGAAUGCGCCAACUUGAUGCGCUCGCUGUGCAACACCACGCCGAAGGGUGUCAGGUGGAGAGAUGAGCGGAGUUGGAUGUUGGUGGAGGAUGUCAACUUUGGCGGUGAGUCCACGGUUGUCACCGGUGUGGUCAGGGGCAAGGGUCUCAAGGCGGACAGACUGGUUCAGGUUGGGGAUUGGGGAACAUUCCAAAUCGAAAAGAUCACCGCUGCACCGCUUGCGGCCCCGAAACCUGAGGGUAUGGCUGUCGGCGGAGCGGAGGGAGACGCUUUGGACGCUCCUACCGAGGACCAGGAUGAGCUUGCCGAGCUUGCACCGGAAGAGGUCAACAUGGAGGACGACGAUAUGGAUGCCGCUUCCGCCGUGCCUGAGCAGAAGAAGGGAGUUUUGCUGGACGAGCACCAUUAUUUCUCUGACGACGACCAAGUUAUUGCGCUCCAAAUGCCCAAAAAGGUGCCCAAGGGCACUUCCAAGUACCAGGCCGCCUGGUUCUUGGACGGCGGUGAGGAGUCAGAGGAUGGAUCAGACCUCGAGGAUUUCGAGAUGGAGGAUGCGCUAGAGGAGGAGCCAGCGAGACCAGAGGACGGCAUCGAGGGUGCUGCUGGGGACGUUGCCAUGACCGAGGGCGCGCCAACAGAAUAUGCCAAGUCGGUAGCAUUCGUCGAGCCCGACGAGGAUGAGGACGCUAUGGGGCUGGAGGCCUAUCGCAAGCAGAAGCGGUCCGAGGCCGAGGACGACUUGGAGUUCCCGGAUGAGAUCGAGCUCCACCCCAAUGUUCUCGCCCGGGAAAGACUGGCCAAGUACAGAGGUCUCAAGAGCUUGAGGACGAGUCCUUGGGUAGAAGAGGAGGAUCGCGCGCACGAGCCGGAGGAGUGGAGAAGGUUACUUCAAAUUCAAGACUACCAGGCGGCCCGCAUCAGAUCGGCUAGAGAAGCUCUGGUUGGCGGUGUUGCCCCUGGCACUCGUGUUCACGUCCACCUCAGAGGCGUGCCAUCAGAGGUUCGGGCUUCUCACAGCUCAGGCCGACCGCUCGCUCUUGUUUCUCUGUUGAGGCACGAGCACAAGCGGACCGCCAUGAACAUUCUCAUCAACCUCCCUGCUGAUGCCACAGCGCCCAUCAAGUCAAAGGAGGAGUUGGUUGUUCAGUACGGCCCAAGGAGGUUCGUCAUCAAGCCCUUGUUUUCUCAGGGCGGCGCCACUCCCAACGACGUCCACAAGUACUGCCGGUACAUUCACCCCGGACAGUCGGCCGUGGCGACCUUUAUGGGUCCUGUAGCGUGGGGUUCCAUGCCGGCUCUUUUUUACAAGAGAAUUGUUCCUGGCGAGGAGACUCCCCACGACGACGACGAGUCGGAUCUGCCGCUGAAGCUGGUGGCCACGGGCACCACCAUGCCCCCGUCUACCUCCCGUGUCAUUGCCAAGAGGGCAAUUCUCACCGGUCACCCAUACCACAUCCACAAGAAGAUCGUUACCGUCCGGUACAUGUUCUUCAACAGAGAAGACGUGGAAUGGUUCAAGGCGCUGCCCAUGUGGACCAGGAGAGGCCGCACCGGUUUCAUCAAGGAGCCCCUCGGUACUCACGGGUACUUCAAGGCGACGUUUGACGGGCGGAUCAACCCCCAGGACUCGGUCGGUGUCAGCUUGUACAAGCGGGUGUGGCCCCGUCCUGCGGAGCCGUUGAGGGGGCUGUUGCUUGACCCUGAGCAGGUGCCUGACUUGGUGGAGGAUGAUGCUAUGGAUGCGGAUGCUGAGUAG